AUGGUCAGGGAGAAGCGUUGCUGUGCGAGACGUUACAAUCUGAAUGUUGGUGUGUUUUCGGCUGCACUCAUCCACCGAUCGAAAUCGACCGAUUGCAUUAUGGCCAGAGGUCUGAGAAGAAGCGCUCGACAACGCAGAAGUGCCGAGAAUUUGUGCCGUAGAACCGAUAAUGGCAACGAUAUUGGUGAUAACGAUAGUGAUAACGGACAGCGGCAGCAGCAGCAGCAGCAG